AACAAAACCGAAAGUAAGCUUCCAGACAAAGGUUAUGCAACGAAGCUAAUCCAGCGACAUUCAGGCUUCAUCGAAGACAAAAUCUGUAGCAGAUUUUUUUUUUCUUUUAAAAACAGCUCGGUAAAGGCUGUAUCUCACUGUACUUACAUAAAGGUUUUCACAUACUUUAGAAUGAGUGCAUCUGCGGAUCUUCGUGACGAAUUGAUAUGUCCCGAACAUGAGGAAAGACUGAGACUGUUUUGCGAAACGGAUCAGAAGCUGGCCUGCGUUAUCUGUAGAGAUGGCAUUAAACAUCGCAAUCACACAUUCAGACCUAUCAAGGAGGCAGCCCAGAUCUACAAGGGCCAUCUGAUGGAGGCCUUGAGUUUUCUGGCAAAAGAGAACAGGGAUCUAGGUGACUUGGCUACACGUCAGGCUACUGCGACAACAGAAACUGAGGACAGAUCAAAAGUUCUCUCAGACCAGAUCUCUGCUCAGUUUGAAGAGAUGUAUAACUUUCUGAAGAAAAGGGAGAGAGAACUGAAGGAACAGCUGGCAAAUGAAGAGAAGCACCUUGUGAAUCCCAUGGUGAGAAAUCAUUCCUCUAUCGAGAACAGGUGGUUGGACGGAAGAGAAGUGGAAGUUCUUCUUCAGUCUGCCCUGGAUAUUCCAGAACCGGACCAUUUUCUGAAGUGGUGGAGUGAGAAAGGCUACUCUGUAACAAAGAGAAUGAAGGCGGGACAAACAACGUACAAGUCAAAGGUGAAAGAUGUAAAAGUGAUUCCUCACUCUCUGUUCCUUGGACCACUGGAGACUCACCUGCAGUUCUUUGUCUGGAAGGAGAUGCUGAGUUGCAUCAAACCAGUUCCUGAAACACUAACCAUUAAAGACUCAGGCGACUCCUACCUGAAGGUGUCUCCAGGUGGCGCCCGUGUGCGACAGGCAGACAGGCAGACCAGCCAGUACAAAUCCUACAACCCUGGGGUCGUUACCAAAGACACCUUUCAAAGGGGUCAGCAUUACUGGGACGUGGAGGUGGGAGAGAAGUUAGACUGGAGCAUCGGUGUUACGGCAGACACAGACCCCAAAAAAAAGGAUCCAAAAAAGCAGAUCACUCUCCACCUUAAACAUGAGAAAGGCUACAUCCUCAGCCAUGAAGACAAGGAGAUUCCCAUCACGAUGAACCCACUGGUGAAACCCCGAAAGAUCGGGCUGUACUUAGAUUGUGACAGACGCAGGGUUUCCUUCUACAAUGCAGACAACAUGACUCUCAUUCAAGCAUGUAACUUCAGCUCCAUUCCACCCUAUUCUAUCAGCCUGUGUCCCGGGCUAUAUCUGGACGGCAAGAACAAUGACCCACUGACCGUAUGUUGGUACGGAUCUGCUAGACGCUAGCGCCGAUCGCUAAUGUACAUCCAACCUCAUGCAUUCAUCUGUGGACUACCGCUAGGUGUUGUAUCUGAUUAGCAGUCCAGGGACAGAACAGAUUUAGCUGUCUGGAUGUCGUUGUGCUCUAACAGAUUACUAGUUUUAAUAUGCAUACCUUUAGUUUGAUUUUACUUUUCAUUCGUACGUAUGGGUGUGCCUUUCGCGAAGAUGUGAUUAUUUUGGUUGUAUUAAGUCAUCACAGAAAUAAUCUGAAGGAAGUGCCAUUGGUUUAAUACAUCAUCCACUGAUAAAGUUUUUGUUUGUUGGUUUGCUUGUUUGUUUGUAUUUUCCAAACUCAGCCCAUUGAUAGUCCCAGACAAGUCACUACUGGUCAUUUUGCAGAGGCAAUUCCAUGUAGUACGAAAUAUACACGUCUCUAAAUCUCUUAUAUAUAUGCAAAUGUAAUCUGUCAGCUGAGAUAUUUCUAUUUAAAAUAUCAAUUUUAGUUUCAUUUGUCAUACGAAGUGUUCUGUUAUCUGAUAUCAAAGUACUGAAUUUACUGUGUUCACAAUAUGUAAAUGGUGGCUGGAACUUGGUGUAUAAAUAAGUAGUUUAAAAGAAACAUUUGUCUUCUCUUAUAGAUUUAUAUUUAUGCAAUGUGUGUGAGAUCCCAUGUCAGAUUUGUUAAAAAGUAUUUGAUAGGAAGAC